UAACAGAAGCAUGUAAAACUGCUGCAGAACUUUACACAGCCUGUCAUGCAGAAAUACUUAACUCGUAUUCAUUCAACAGAACACUAUAGCCAAUAUGAAAGUAAUUUUAGUAGGGUUGCCUAAAACAGGCACAAAGACAAUGCAUGCCGCAUUUGAUAUGCUUGGAUAUGGUGUGUAUGACAUCAUGGAACAUUUCUGGUAUCAUGGGGACUAUUGGAUGAAGUUUUGGAAUGGGAAAGGUACAAUAGAUGAUUUGAAAGAGAUGUACAAGGAUGUAGAUGCAUGCGUAGAUGGGCCUAUCUUUUAUUACUGGGAGGAAAUACUACAAGCUUUCCCAGAUGUAAAGAUUGUUCUCACAUUGCGCGAUGAAGACAAAUGGUGGAAAAGUUUAAAACAACAAGUGGAUAAUAUUAAAGGAAGCAAAAUGUACAGAGCAAUGAUGAUAUUCUCACCAACCGGUCGAAAGUUCGAUGCCUUUGUACAACGUUUAACAAUGGUGGAGUUUGGAUCCAUGUUCGAUUAUUCCAGAUGUUUUAAUACCAAUGUUGAUUUAAAUGAGAUGAUAUGUAGAAGAACAUUCAGACAAAGCAACUCCUAUAUAAUGCAGAAAGCACCCAAAGAGAACUUAUUGGUGUAUAAAGUAAGUGAUGGUUGGGAACCACUUUGUAAAUUCCUUGGUGUGCCAAUCCCUGAUACUCCAUUCCCCCAUAAGAAUGCUAGGGGAGGUUUAUUGCAAACUUUGGAAGUUCACCCAGUAUUUGUGAGAAUGCAACGUGAAACUAUGGUGUCUUUGGGACUUAUUUUUACCCUUGGUGCUUUUGGGUUGUACAAAGCAUGUACAAAGGUGUCAUUGGAUAAGAUAACACAGUUUAUUGGGAAAAUAUAUUAAUAGAUGUUCUAUUAAAAAUACAGCUAAAAAAAUUAUUUUAAAAGUUCUAGAGCAUGUAACAUUCUUUUCUCUCUUGGUAGCAACAUCAAUAGAAUGUAGCAUAUUAGCAGGGUAAUAAUGGCUUAUGCAUUUUGUAUGGAUAACAGCUUUUGCUCUUGUAAUUAUUAUAGUAAAUUAGUACAUAAUAAAUA